GACCAGGGCACCAGGCGCAACAGUCGAACGCGUCGGGGGCGGUGAACGCGUCAGCGGCGCGGGACUGCCCCCCGGCUGCCGCCAUGGUGGCAUCCUCGCCCCCGGGGCGGCCUGCGAGCGCGGAGGCGCCAGGCGGCGGCAUGGGGAAGAUGAGCCGCGCCGCGGUGGUGGCGAUUGUGGCUGGGGACUUCGCCAUGGUGGGGCUCGUGGCCGCGCUGAUGUUCUGCUACUUGUGGCCGCGCCUCUCCGGCCGGCGGAGAGGCAGGCGGCUCCAGCAGGGGGAAAAGAUAGUCUACUCCUCGAGCGCUUACGGAGCCGCUGAGGUGGUCGCGGCGGCCGGUGCCGGCGACGCGACGUUCGAGCGGGGAAAGAUGGUGUUUCUAGAGGACCUCAGCUGCAUGCAGCAGCGGCGGCACGAGGCGGUUCGAGCUGGAGGAGCUGUUGCGCGCGUCCGCAGAGAUGCCGGGCAAGGGCGGGUGCGGCACGGCGUACACAGCUCACGAGUCCCAGAGGAUCCAAUGAAUUUGUUCUAUUCGAUUCAUACUCAGGGAUAGAAAAGCACGACGCGGAGUAAAUAUUCUGUCCAGAAAGGAAAUCAGAGCAUGGGCAUCUUUGCCAUCUCCUGCUGGCGAAGCGAAGCCAAAAAUUUCUGCUCCUGCAGCGGCCUGUGUGUGUAGUGUAUAAAAAGACAAGCCUGCAAGACACGAGCAGGCAGGCAGAAGCUGACCUGUGAGAGAGGGCAAAGCUCUCACCCGUGCUUACUGCUUUGCUUAUCCUUGGAGCAAGAGACUGAGAAAAUCGUCUACUCAAGGAAUAGGUAUCUUCAAAUUGUCAGAUAUCAUUUUUUUCUUUUCUUUUUUGAAACGGAGAAAUCAUUUUUUUUCUGAAGAAGAAGAUUGCCAGAGUUUCUCGACGUUGUAUGUGUAAUUGCAUCUCUAAGUUCGUAUCUUUCGAUUCCACAAGCUGUUUUUUUUUUCUGUUUCCGUUCAGCUCCUCCCUCCAAUCCAUGGGUUCCAAGGACGACGCGCCGACAUGGGCGGACCAGUGGGGCUCCGGCGACGACGACGGGGCCAGCGCCGGCGCCGGCGAGGCGGACGGUGACAAGAAGACGGUCGCCGGCAACGUGAAGGCGGCGGCGUCGGAGGGGCUCGUCAAGGCCAAGGCGGCGGCGCUGGUGGGGGCGCACAAGGUCAAGUCCGGGACGAGCAGCGGCAUCAAGUGGGUGAAAGAGCAGUACCAGAAGAGGGCGUCGUCCAAGUGAGCACGGCGCGGCGCGCCAUGCGCUAGGAUGUUCUUCCGUUUGCGGCACUGAGCUGUGGGAUUUUAACUCGUUUUCUCUUGGAUUGGAUUUGGAUUUAGACUUUUGGAUUGCAAUUGGCUCCUUUGGACGAGAGCUUCUAACUUGUAAGCCGAUGGGCUUUCUUAUGAAUUUGCGUGUGGUUGUAGUCGAGAUGAUUUUGCACAA